AUGUCUGUCACCGAGGAAGACCUGUGUCACCACAUGAAAGUAGUUGUUCGUGUGCGUCCUGAAAAUACAAAAGAAAAGGCAGCUGGAUUCCAUAAAGUGGUCCAUGUUGUGGAUAAGCAUAUCCUAGUUUUUGAUCCCAAACAAGAAGAAAUCAGUUUUUUCCAUGGAAAGAAAACUGCAAAUCGAGAUAUUACAAAGAGACAAAAUAAGGAUCUCAAAUUUGUAUUUGAUGCUGUUUUUGAUGAAACUUCAACUCAAUUGGAAGUUUUUGAACACACUACUAAGCCAAUUCUUCGUAGUUUUUUGAAUGGAUAUAAUUGCACAGUACUUGCAUAUGGUGCCACUGGAGCUGGGAAGACCCACACGAUGCUAGGAUCAGCUGCUGAACCUGGAGUGAUGUAUCUAACGAUGUUAGACCUUUACAAAUCUAUGGAGGAGAUUAAAGAAGAGAAAGUAUGUAGUACCGCAGUUUCUUAUCUGGAGGUAUAUAAUGAACAGAUUCGUGACCUCUUAGUAAAUUCAGGACCACUUGCCGUUCGGGAAGAUGCCCAAAAAGGGGUAGUUGUUCAGGGGUUGACUUUACAUCAGCCCAAGUCCUCAGAGGAAAUUUUACAGUUGUUGGAUAAUGGAAACAGAAAUAGGACACAGCAUCCCACUGAUAUGAAUGCCACAUCUUCUCGUUCUCAUGCUGUUUUCCAGAUUUAUUUGCGACAACAAGACAGAACAGCAAGUAUCAGUCAAAAUGUACGAAUUGCCAAGAUGUCACUCAUUGAUCUGGCAGGGUCUGAGCGAGCCAGUACUACCAGUGCUAAAGGGACCCGAUUUAUAGAAGGCACAAAUAUUAAUCGGUCACUCUUAGCUCUUGGGAAUGUUAUCAAUGCCUUAGCAGAUGCAAAGAGAAAGAAUCAGCAUAUUCCUUACAGAAAUAGUAAGCUCACUCGCUUGUUAAAGGAUUCUCUUGGAGGAAACUGUCAAACUAUAAUGAUAGCUGCUGUUAGUCCUUCCUCUGUGUUCUACGAUGACACAUAUAACACUCUUAAGUAUGCUAAUCGUGCAAAGGACAUUAAAUCUUCUUUGAAGAGCAAUGUUCUUAACCUUGACAAUCAUAUAACUCGGUAUGUAAAGAUCUGUAAUGAGCAGAAGGAAGAGAUUUUAAUGUUAAAAGAAAAACUAAAAGCCUAUGAAGAACAGAAAGCCUUUACUGAUGAAAAUAACAAAGCAAAGUUAAUGAUUUCAAACCCUCAGGAAAAAGAAAUUGAAAGAUUUCAAGAAAUUCUGAACUGCUUGUUCCAGAAUCGAGACGAAAUUAGACAAGAAUAUCUGAAGUUGGAAAUGUUACUAAAAGAAAAUGAACUUAAAUCAUUCUAUCAACAACAGUGCCAUAAGCAAAUUGAAAUGAUGUGUUCUGAAGACAAAGUAGAAAAGGCCACUUGCCGACGAGAUCAUAGACUUGCAAUGUUGAAAACUCGUCGCUGCUACCUAGAGAAGAAAAGGGAAGAGGAAUUGAAGCAAUUUGAUGAGAAUACUAAUUGGCUCCAUCGUGUAAAAUCCGAAAUGGAGCUCUUAGGUCAAAAUGGCCAUAUUCCAAAGGAGCUCAGUAAAGAUCUUCAUUGUCAUCAUUUGCACCUUCAGAACAAAGACUUGAAAGCACAAAUUAAACAUAUGAUGGAUCUAGCUUGUCUUCAAGAACAGCAACACAGGCAAACUGAGGCAGUAUUGAAUGCUUUGCUUCCAGUCCUAAGAAAACAGUAUUGUACAUUAAAAGAAGCUGGCCUUUCAAAUGCUGCUUUUGAGUCUGACUUCAAAGAAAUUGAACAUUUGGUAGAGAGAAAGAAAGUGGUGGUUUGGGCUGACCAAACUAAUGAGCAUACUUUAAAGCAAAAUGACCUAACAGGGGUUUCUGUUCUUAUGACCUUUCCACAACUUGGACCACCAGAUCAAUCUCCUUGUUGUACAUCUUCAAGUGAAUCUAAUCUGUUUAAAAUCCUUCCACAAAAAAGAACCCGAAGAAAAUUAAUGCCUUCUCCCUUGAACACAAAACAUCCCCAAAAGUCUACACUGUCUGAAAGUUUGCAGCUCAAUGAUUCUCUCAGCAAAGAACUUCAACCUAUAGUGUAUACGCCGGAAGACUGUAGAAAAACUCAAAAUUCAUCUAUAGUGACCUUACUACAACCAUCAUCACAUUCUACAAGUUUUCAGACCAUCAGCUCAAAUGUAAACAGUGAUAAUUCUCUGAAAAUGUUAUGUGAAGCAGGUAUUCCUCUCAGCAGGAGGAAAGAAUAUGGACAGGAAGAUUUGGACUCUACAUUUACUAUAUGUGAAGACACCAGGAGCUUAAAGAGUAAAUUACCUGAACAAGAAUCACUAUCAAACAAUAACAUUUUACAAAGGCUUGCCUCUUCUUCAUUUUCAACUAAACAUUCUCUGCCUAUACCAAGCAUAGUACCAUCCUACAUGGCAAUGACUGCGGCUGCCAAAAGGAAACGGAAGUUGACAAGUUCUGCAUCAAAUACUUCAUUAACUGCGGAGGUAAAUUCUGGAUUUGCCAAACGUGUUCGACAAGAUAAUGCAAGUGAUAAGCACUUACAAGAAAACAGACCAACAGCAGACUAUAAAAGAAACAUCCAUAAAGUAAAGGCAAACAUGGUUAGAAAAUUUGGAAGAAGUAUUUCAAAAGGAAGUCUAAGAUAA